AUGACCCAGGAACUGGAGUCCAUGGUGGCCCCUGAGGCCCAGAACCCAGUUGAAAUUUCGUCCCUCCUAGUCCAUUCCUCAAAAUCGACCGAGGAUAGAGAUCGGCACGCAACAAAUUCAAAAGAAGAGGAAAGUUACCAAAGCGAUACUAGUGAUGACAUGGAGUGGUAUCGACUGGAAAGCAAACCUGAUAAGCCUCCAAAGCAGGCAGCCUGCCAAAACUCCCAACAUUCUGCCUUCAUGUCUUGGGUCGCGGAUACGAAUCGCGAGCCUCUGCCGUCGACACACUCAUACAAAUCUGACAUUGAAGCUCUCUCGGAAGAUCAAACAUCUGCAGCAACACCCCCAAAAAUUAUACACUCCCCGCGACAAUAUCAACUCGACCUCUUUGAGCGUGCGAAGCAGCAAAAUACCAUAGUUGUUCUUGACACAGGGCUAGGGAAGACACUCAUUGCUGCCCUGUUGCUUCAGCAUACUAUAAAUCUUGAGCUGGAAAGAAGAAGUCGAGGUCAGGCAAAGAAAUUUGCCUUCUUUCUAGUUGACAAAGUUGCCCUAUGUAUACAGCAACAUCGAUUUCUGGAGCGUAAUCUCGAAUAUCCUAUGGGCCAAAUAUUUGGAGACAGCCCUGGUAUUAAGAAGCAGCAAACAUGGGAAAACCAAGUUGACCAGAAUAUGGCUAUUGUUUGUACGGCGCAGAUCCUCUUGGAUCUCCUGGGAAGUGGUAUUAUUCGAAUGAAUCAGAUCAAUUUGCUUAUUUUUGACGAAGCUCAUCAUACCAAGAAGAACCAUCCCUAUGCUACCAUAAUGCGGGAGCACUAUAUGCAAAUGAAAAUAGACCGCCCUCGCAUUCUGGGCAUGACUGCUUCUCCUGUCGAUGCGAAGACGAAGGACUUCCAAGCGGCGGCAUUUGAGCUGGAAGCAGCACUCUGUAGCAGAAUUGCUACUAUAUCUAACGAAGCAUUGAGUCAAUGCUUGCAGAAAAAGCAACAAAUCGAGCGUGUUGAACAUUUUGCCCCUCUGGCGAGCCUGGAGGAUGCGGAAACUGUCCUCUGUCGCGAACUGUCAAACUUGCAGCUCACAAGUCCAAGCCUCCAGAAGCAUAUAGAUAUAGCCAAGGAUGUAGCAUCCAUCAUCGGGCCGUGGGCAGCAGAUCAAUACUGGAAAUUAUUUUUGAAGAGUCAAAGAGCAUCACUGGUAAUGCACGAACUUGAUGCGGCUGACGUGCAUAUUUCUGGAGAAGAAGAGGCGUAUCAUGAACUGGGAUCUCAGCUGGACGAUAUGACGCUUCUCAAGAUUCGAAAGAUCGUCAAUGCUCACUUUCAGAGGGAGCAGGCCAGCAAUAUUGGAAGACGCGACAACGACUUCUCCACCAAAGUCCAGACUCUUCACGGAAUUCUGUGUAAUGAAUUUGCAGCCAAUCAAUCAACACGGUGUAUCGUGUUUGUGCAAAAGAGAUACAUCGCGUAUCUCUUAUCUGAAACGUUUCGACACUCUGCUUUGCGCAUCCCCAAAGUGGAAACGGACUUUUUGGUUGGGUCACAGUGUCCCUCCUCUUCCAUUGUGGCGAUGUCCAUAAGCGCCCAAACCAUAGCCUUGAAUCGAUUUAGUCACGGGCAGACGAAGUGCAUUUUUGCCACACAAGUUGCAGAAGAGGGGAUCGACGUCAAAGACUGCGACCUCAUAAUUCGAUUUGAUAUGUAUGAUUCGGCAAUUCAAUACAUUCAAUCCAAAGGAAGGGCAAGGCAUGAGAAGUCAACUUAUAUAAGCAUGGUCGAAGAGGGAAAUGUACAGGAUCACCGCAGAAUCAUGCAAACAAAGAGAGAUAUGAACGCGUUGCGUGUAUUCUGCUCUUCUCUACCUUCUGAUAGGAAAGUGGAAGACGCAGACGAGGCUGAAAAUCUGACCGAGCAAGAGGCCAAGAAGCAUAUUAUCUUUGAAGUUCCCGAAACAGGAGCUCGGCUGACAUUCACUUCCAGUCGACAAGUUCUGGCCAAGUUUGUUUCUGCUGUUUGCAACAGCGCAGAUGCUCAUCCAGAAUACGUUACUAUACCCAGUGGGAAUAAGUUUAUCACCACAAUUCUCCUACCCGACGCAUGUCCUGUGAAGACCUUCAUCGGUACUCCUCAGCGAAAUAAAACUCUUGCACGUGGUUCAGCCGCAUUCAAAGCAUGCAUUGAGCUACUCAACCGCAAAUAUGUUAAUGGGCACCUCCAGCCCAUAUAUCAGAAAGUCGUACACAAGAUGCGGAACGCGAGGCUGGCUAUCAGUGACAAAAAGAGGUCGGAGUAUGGUAUGAGGGACAAACCUAGCAUAUUUUCAGGACCAUUUGGCACAACCACAGGAAUGUUUAUGGCCACCUUGGCCAUUGAAGGGCUGUGUCCUACAGGAAGAAGAGGACGGCCGCUUUACAUUCUAACACGUUCGGCUUUGCCAGCAAUUGCACCGGUACAUCUCUACAUAGACGGAAGUAUUCGCUCAGUAGCCAGGCAGAUACAACACAGAGAGCCGCUGGCUGUGACUGAGAAUCAGAUUAGAUCCCUAACCAACUUUACACUCACGUUAUUUAGUGACGUGUUCAGCAAGGCUUAUGAAAACGACCAAGGAAACAUUCCUUACUUUCUAGCACCAUCUACAACACAGCGAGACAACAGUUGUACGAACGAAGUGGAAUUUCAGUUCAGUGAGAAUGCCUGUGCCCAGCCGGCGAUGAUUGAUUGGAACCUCAUGGAAACCGUGGGUAUCGAUGAGAUACCAGUUAGCACUAUUUGCACUUCACCGCAUAAUUUCGAAAAAAGAUUUGUUUUUGACCCCUGGGAUGGGUCCCGAAAGUUUUUCACCAGUAUAGUGAACAAGGAGUACCGCCCUUUUGAUCCAGUUCCAUCAGAUGCACCGGUGCCAAAGAGCCGUAGUUAUCAACGAGUAGAGCAAAACAUUGCGGAAUACAGCAACAGUUUGACAUUACCAUCUCGACAAAGGGUGACUUGGAACUCAGAGCAGCCAGUUUUUGAUGCUGAGCUACUCCCCCUGCGGAGAGACUUGUUCCGCGAGCCGCAGCACGGGGAUGUCGCUUCUUCUAGGAGCUGCUGCAUUAUUUUAGAGCCGUUGACCAUAUCCACGAUACCUAUCGACAUUGUCGUCACGGCUCUGACUUUGCCAGUCAUCAUGCACCGUAUUGAGUCAACAGCCAUUGCGAUGGAUGCUUGUCAGCUUGUUGACUUGUCGGUUGAGCCUCCGUUGGCCCUCGAGGCACUCACACAGACCGAUGAAGGCGCCGACACGGAAGACAACCAAAACUAUGAGCGACUGGAAUUUCUAGGAGAUUCCUUUUUGAAAAUGGCCACAACAAUAUCGUUAUUUACACUCCUUCCAGAUGAGAAUGAGGCUGGAUAUCACGUUCAACGUAUGCUUAUGGUAUGCAACCAAAACCUUUUUAACCACGCACUGCACAGGGGAAUGCAGGAAUAUGUACGAUCCAAGACUUUCGAUCGGCGUACUUGGUACCCAGACCUCAAGCUGCUCAAAGGAAAAGCUGCUAAACCAGUCAAUACGCACAGUUUGUCGGACAAAGCCGUUGCAGAUGUUUGUGAGGCACUCAUUGGUGCUGCAUAUAUGUCACAACCGGAGGGGGUAAUGGACUUAGCGGUGAAGGCCGUUACCAAAAUGGUAAGAAGUAAAUAUCAUAAAAUGGAAAGGUUCAGUGACUAUUACGGCAUACAUGUCACCCCGGACUGGCAAAGAGCAACUCCAACCGCGAGUGAACGGUUUGCAGCCGAUAUGAUUGAGAAACGCAUUGGCUACAGAUUCAACUCUCCCGGUUUACUUCGAAGCGCAUUUAAGCAUCCGUCAUACCCCUUUCACCCAGACAUUCCAAACUAUCAAAGGCUUGAAUUUCUGGGUGAUGCUCUUCUCGACGUCGCCAUUGUGGACUUCUUAUUUCGGCGCUACCCACAGGCUGAUCCGCAGUGGCUCACAGAACACAAGAUGGCGAUGGCUUCAAAUCAUUUUUACUCUUGUCUCUGCGUAGAGUUAGGACUGCACAGACACUUACUAACAACAAACUCUUCUAUGAUGGGGCAUAUGGCCGCUUUUGUCGAGAGCGUUGACAAGGCCAAGACCAGGGCCACAGAACCAGGGGACAAGGUGCCGCGAUCCAACUUCUGGCUCGAUGUAGAGCACCCUCCGAAGGCACUCUCGGACAUAUUGGAAGCGGUUGUGGGAGCCAUGUUCGAAGAUUCAAAGUACGACUAUGACACUGUCCGCCGAUUUUUCAGCACGUUCAUCUCUCCAUACUUCCAGGACAUGUCGCUAUACGACACGUAUACUGCGGACCACCCCGUUUCUAAGCUCACCAAACUUAUGCAAGACACAUUUUGCUGUCGAUCUUGGCGAUUAUGUGUGUCGGCUGUGCCUUGUGGUGUUGAGGAAGGGGCUGCUGCUGUCACAAACGACAAUGUGGUUUGCGCGCUGAUGAUACAUAAACGAAAAGCAGUACAUAGCGUACGAGCGAGUGGAAAGUAUGCAAAAGUGGAUGUUGCAAUGAUGGCAUUGAGGCAGUUCGGGGAUCUGGACAAGGACAAGUUUCGGUCUAUGAUGGGCUGUGACUGCUGA